AUGGAACUUCAACAAAGCUUUUCAGAUUAUUACGGCACAGCUGAGUAUGUUAAUAAAACUCGCAACGAAACCAUAUUAGAAAAUGGUAACUAUUACAUCCAUCGUGCAAUAUUUUCUUUCUUUCAUCGAACACCAAUUUUUAUUUCUAACAGCAAAGUAUUGCUCAAAACAUGCACAUUUUUCAAUAACACAUCAAAUACAGGUGUUGGAUCGUUCUCAAUCCGAGAAUCUGAAUGUAUCAUAGUUCGUAUUUGUAUAUCGCGUUCAUAUGGUAAUUCUAUCACUGGAUAUUCCAUUUCAUCAUCUCUGGUUGGUCCCAACAAAAGUUAUGCAUUUGAAUGCUCACUUUCAGAAUGCAAUGGAGGUCAUAGUUCUUUUACACAUGACCAUGGAGAACAAAUAGUAAGUAACAUGAAUUCAUCUUAUCACAUAACUCUGCGUCAUGCUGGAUAUGUAUUCAAUGCACGAGAUGGAACAGGGAUCAUGAAUUUCACCACAAUAGCUAAUACCUCCACCACCUUAUCAGAUCGUAACAAUGGUGGAAUGUUCAAUGCUGCUUCUUUUAAUAUUACAAAAUGUAAUUAUUUAAACAAUUCAUAUAGUGGAUCCUAUAACUCAUUAAUUCGAACUACUGGUACAACUACAUUCUCAAAUUGUUCUUUCUUAAGAAAUAAUGCACUCUUUAUAUUUUCCCCACGACCAAAAUUUAUUAAGGGUCCACUGUAA